GAUCCGGAGUGUGAGCAUCAGCAGUUGGUUUUGUUUCCAAAAUGACCAGGCUGCAGGUGCUGAACGCGUACCUGACGGAGCGGCUGGCGACGGUGGUGAAGGAGAUCCUGGACGUGGUAGAGGACACGGUGACGGAGUACCGGGAGGAGACGGCCAGGACGCGGCGGGAGAACGAGAGCUUGAGGCGGCAGCUGCGGGACAUCCUGCUGCUGGAGGCCGACACCGACUGGCUGGGGUCCACCAGGUCCAGUCUUGGCUUUUUGGCUCCUGAGCAGCUGCCCAGGGAUCAAGAUGUCGGGCCCCAUCCGCAGGAGCCGGACUCCACCCUUAACCAGUUCAGGCAACCGUCAGUUAAAUCAGCUGUGCACAAACAGGAGGAGGUUGUGCGUGUUCAGUUGCUUUCAGUCCAGAGUGAGACGCCACCUGCACAACAGCGCCCCCUGGCAACAAGAGAACAAAGCGAGAAGCAGCCUGCAGAGCCUUGGGAUUCAGUAGUUAAGCCGAGCGAUCAGCCUCAGCAGGAGACAUUUGGGAAAACUUCGCCUCUUCCAUCUCAUGAUCUCCUGAUUGCUCCAUCUGGUCUGAACAUCCACCCUGACCUUCCGUUAUGUGGAGAGGAACCGCUGCCUCCCAGUUCUGCAUUAGUCAAAACUGAACCUGAGGAAUUCAAAGUGACUGAAAGUGAAGCUUACGUGGACUCUGUGGCGGCGCCCGGUCACACUCGUGUCACGCCGGACGAGUCGAGGUUCAGAAAUGCAAGUGAUUCAGAGAAGACGGGUGGAGAUCAGCGUGACGGUCAUCGAAACACGAGCCGAUCUCAAGACGAGGUGCAGUUUGGUGUUCCGGCUGAUGAUGCUCUAGAUGACAUCACACUCCGACCCGCUGGUCACCUGCAGGAUGUUGUCCAUCGCUGUCCUCGCUGCAGGGAGGUGUUCAGCCAAGCCAGCAGUCUCCGUCUCCACCUCGAGCAGAAACGUAAGAUCUAUGCCUGCGACUGGUGCUGCAAAUCCUUUGCCCAGUCAGCUGACCUGCGGCGCCACCUCCGCACGCACACGGGCGAGAGACCCCACCGCUGCACCUACUGCUCCAAGAGCUUCAGCCAGAGAGGAAACCUACGGCGACACCUCCGCAUCCACACGGGCGAGAGGCCGUACAGCUGCCCGUUUUGCUGCCGGACGUUUAGCGAUGGCGACACCAUGAAAAAACACAAACGGACUCAUUCAGGAGAGAAACCAUACCGCUGUGCUCAGUGCUCCAAGACAUUCAGCAGCGCCAGCGGAUUACAAAUCCAUUUAAAGAAAGACAUGUGCUUUGUGUCCGCUUUGUGAUUGGUCAGUUAUGGAGAAUCACAUCGACACUUUGAAACUUUUAUUUUUUAAAUGAUGCAAGUCAGGGGGUGCUGUU